CGAAUGUGUCGGCUAGGUUGCGGGGGGCCCCCGUCAUGCCCUGAAACCCGCCCUCCUAACCAACCCGCCCCGCCGUGUUUUCCCCCUUCCCCCCUCGUUUUGCAGUCCCCGGACUGCGGCCAUGGUGACGUUCGACGAAUGUGUCGGCUAGGUUGCGGGGGGCCCCCGUCAUGCCCUGAAACCCGCCCUCCUAACCAACCCGCCCCGCCGUGUUUUCCCCCUUCCCCCCUUGUUGCGGGGGGGCCCCCGUCAUGCCCUGAAACCCGCCCUCCUAACCAACCCGCCCCGCCGUGU